GGCUUGUAGCAUCGAGCAGCUGCUGACCCAAACUCAGGCUUUAAGGCGAGCUAGUGUGUCAGCGUCACACUGCUUUGGACAGCAUGAAGGCUCUCUUAUUCACCUGUUUGCUGGUGCCGUGGCUGGUGGCAGCCUCGGCCAGGACGUCUGACCAGGACUCACAGCUGAUACCUGGAUCUCUAUCUGGCAGGGAGCUGAGCGGAUACUUCAGUAAUCAUUUGAAAUCAAGGAGGGCUAGGAGGGCACUGCCUCCUGCUGAUGAACCUGAUGACACCCCAGUCAAAGAGGAAGGGGACACCUCUGACCUGCCUACCUGCCUGCUGUGUGUGUGCCUUACUGGUUCAGUGUACUGUGAGGAGGUCAGCCCAGACAUGACCUCCGUUCCCACCCUGCCAAAAGAGACGGCCUACCUGUACGCCCGCUUCAACAAGAUCAAAAAGAUCAGCACCAAAGACUUUGCUGACAUUGUGACUCUGAAGAGAAUUGACCUGUCAGGGAACAUGAUCACGGAGAUUGAAGACGGGGCCUUUGCUAAGCUGACCCUGCUGGAGGAGCUGUCUCUAGCUGAGAACCAACUGGUCAAACUUCCUAUGCUCCCUUCCAAACUCAUUUCCUUCAAUGCCAACCACAACCUCCUGAAAACCAAGGGUGUCAGGGCUAAUGCUUUCAAGAAAAUGACCAGACUGGUCAACCUCUAUCUGGCUAACAACCAGUUGGAAGCUGUUCCAUUCAUCCCAGACAGUGUUCGGAUCUUACAUCUACAGAACAACAACAUCACUGAAGUCAACAUAAACACCUUCUGCAGGUCCAAUGACACCUACUACCUACGGCCGAGCCUUAGUGAGGUCAACAUGGACAGCAACCCCGUGUUGCUGUCCAAGAACCCCGACAGCUUUAUCUGUAUGAAGGUGCUGCCAAUCGGACAGUACCGCUGAGGAGGCAGAAAACUUACUGUAGCCCCUUUAUGGCUGAUGGAGCAGUUUUCCCACAACAGAGUGCUGGGGGGAUACCGUGACGUUCUGGAUUUUGGGGUGCUGGUCCCAUGGUGGGGAUAAAGGUGUCAAUGUUUUUACUUCAGCAAACCUACAAACAGUGUGUGACAUUGUCAGGUCGAAAUGAAACCAUAUUGGACUGAAGGUGUAGAAUUCAAGGAGUUUCUCUACUCUGGCUUUUUUCAGUUCUACUGAGCUGUGGGGAGUACCCGACACUUAAACACAAUGCCAAACACAGUUAAAAUGAACAAGUUUGUUGAACUACAUCGUAAAUCAGUGUUUUUUUGUAGUUAUUAAUAUCCUCACUGAAAGGCAGGGAGAAAAGUGGCUGCAUCACAUUGCUGUCCUGAUGUCGCUCCAACAGCUCUGUUUUUUGAAUCAUGUAGUUUUGACAUGCUGAAUUGUACAAAUAGGAAUAACAGCUCACGCUCUCAGACACUCACUCCUCAAAGGCUUUUAUGAUGUUACACAAAAAGUUAUAAAAGAGCCAGAGGAAGAAUAUCAAUCUUGGCCUACUGUCACACCUCCACACACCUGGCCAAUCACUGCAUAAAGUGGAUAUGUUUGUCAGAUAGUCUGCUUCAGAUGCCAAAAAUUGUCCACAGCCUUUGAUUCUGAAAACCAAAAAGGGGCUUCAGAUGCUGGACAAGCAUUUUGGUUGAAGCACACUGAAGCCUUGACAAUGGGACUGUUAGUGACAGAUAGCCAGGUAAACACAUUUAGGCCACUGGAAAAGUGCCCUCUGAGUAUCCUCUCUGCAGGUGACUUAAUGCCAGUAGAACUGAUAUAAUCCCUUUAAUGAGUGAAGAAUGUCAACACCUCUCCAACAACAGUCCAAUUUAUUGUUUCAUUUUGACCUGACGCUGUACUACCUACAUGAAUGAAAUGACACAAACUGCUUGUGUCUUUGAACACAUUUGCAGCCACAAUCCAACAGGCUUGUCUACAACUACCUGAGCUUAUUAUUUUGAAACACAACAGGCCAAUAUUUUAGUCUUUGUAAAAUGAAUUCCAAAAUAAAAGAAAUGUGUUAUUUUAUGAAACUAUAAGUACUAAAGGAAAAACAAAUUGGAGAUAUUACAUUACUUUUAGAUACAUUUUCAGCUUUUGUUGACCUAAAUAACUAUCUUAUAUUUGAGUAAAACCUCUCAUUCCAAGGUUUUACAUUAAACUAAACAAUAAAAUGUUUUAGAAUAACUACAAUAAGUAAAAUGUCCAACAGGUGCUUUUAACAGAUCCACAUGUUUUUAUAGUCUUGCAGACUCCUUGUGGGUCAUCAGGAAUAUCAUUUGGUUAGAAGUCAUUGCAAGAAUACAUGACUGAAGAGCAGUUUAUGAUUAUGUGUAUUAAUGAUGUUGCAUGCUUCAUUUUAAAAAUUCCAGACUGGCUUUGAGGCUAACACAAUCAUGUUACAAAAUAGUCCAGCAUUUUGAAAAUAGAAGUUUUGUCUGACAUACUGUCACCACCAAUGGAAAAUGUUACUGUAGUUUACAAAAUACACAGUUUUAAGUGUUCUUUGUCAAACCGCAUUUUAAUCUCAGUAUUUCUGCAGUUAAUAUUUUAUAGAGUCCUGAUGACAGCAGGAGAGAAGAUACUACCGUAUCUUCAAAACAACACUUUAGUCAUUUCAGUCAUACUAAACGUAUACUUGAUAUUUUCAUGUUGAUUUAAAGUGUUAUUUUCUCCAAAUGAACAUUGUCACAUGACAGUGAAACGUUUCUGAAAUGGCACUAAUGGAAAACAGCCUAUGAGCAUUUGUCAUUUGUAUGUUGCUUUGAGAUUUUUUUGUCAGACUAUUGAUCCCAGCUGACUCAGACAGCUGAUACAUAUUAGAUUGUCUUGGCACGCCAGCAGUAAUAGUCUGUUAACUUUUCUCAUACAGUUUUCUCUCAGAAAAUGACUAGAAAUGAACACAGCUCUCUAGGUUUUGCUCUGCCAUUGUGUGAAUUAAUUUCACUUUUAAUUAUUUCAUUAACACUUCCUCUCUAUAAAGGACAACAGCCAUGUAAACUUGUCCAACUGCAAGCUUCUGUAAGCAUUUUGUGACUUAGCUUCACUUUGUCUCUUAAUUUAUAGAAUUCAGUUGGAGUGAGCUGGGGAACAAUGUAUCUAUGAACUAUAGUAAUGUGAAAGUUACUCCAUUUUAUUUUGUCUGCGUUUAAAAUGUCUUGCUUAUGUCCCUAACUCUUCCCUUCCAGUAAUAAAGACAAAUUAUUACUGAUGUGAAUAAGACAGUGGUGUACACGAAGAUGGGUAUGUGACAUGGCGAUGUUUUUAAGAUAUUUUAAUAAAGUUAAACUUUUUAAAUUAA